AUGCGCGUCGCCAUCAUUGGUGGAGGUUCUUCAGGCCUGGUCACACUGAAGACCCUUGUCACCGCCCAUGAGUUCUUGCCUGGCACGGAACCUGUCGAAGCGAGGCUCUUUGAACAGGAAGACUCUAUUGGUGGCACCUUCAAGCAUCGAGUUUAUGAAGAUGCAGAGCUUGUCUCUUCUAGACAACUUACCACCUUCUCCGAUUACCGAUAUAACCAUCAGUCUCCCGACUUCCUCCUUGCGACCGAGUACUGCACCUACCUGGAGGGAUAUGCCACGCUGUUCAAGCUGCUGCCAUAUAUCAAUCUCUCCACGGCGGUGACUAAGGUUCGUCCGGGCAUCAAAGGCGGACACAUUGUCGAGUACGUCCAGGGCGGUCAGAGAUUAGAAUAUGCCUGCGAUGCCAUUGCUAUAUGCUCUGGCUUGCACGUCAUUCCAAACAUCCCUGACAUUCAAGGACUGAAGAAUGUCCCAACUGUUAUUCAUUCGUCUGAAUUCAAGGAGAGAAGGCAGUUCGGCGUUGGCAAGAAUGUCUUGAUCGUGGGCAGUGGCGAGACGGGCAUGGACAUUGCUUACCUGGCCAUCACCUCUCCGACCAAGUCUGUUACUUUGUGUCACCGUGAUGGAUUCCUUUGUGCUCCCAAGCGAGCUCCAGAGCCGUCUUGGUUUGGCAUGAAGCCUUACACAACCCCUCAAGGCAACGUCCCCUACGAUGUCGGAGCUGCAAGCUUAUUUGAUACCGCCUACGUCCACCCACUUCUCCGUGACUCAUUCUUGCCUUGGUGGUACUAUGAUCUCUUUGCCAAGUGGACUACCUGGCUUGUGUCUGGCACAAAAGCAGGUCUCGAUCAAUGGAUUGGCGAGAUAUCUCCUGAGCGCUUCCAUGCUUCGAAGAUAUUUUUCAACAAAUCCUCGAAAGCAAUGCCCUAUAUUAGCGCUCCUUAUCGCAAAGGCUCUCCCUUCAACACCCUGCGCUCUUACGUUUCACAGAUCCCCAUCGUUCCCACAGGCAACAAAGUCAUUGACCUUGCCCCUUUCCCUCAAUCCUUCUCCCCAACGUGCAAUGUCACAUUCCUUGACAAUAAGCGUCCCGAGGCAGAAGUCAUGCGCAUCAAGGCAAAGACACUCAGACCCGACCUUGUGAUCCUCGCAACUGGCUACACACAAUCCUUCCCCUUCCUGUCUUCCACCUACCCUCUCCCAUUCUCCGCCGACAUUCGCGGUAUCUGGAAAGCUGGUGUUGAGGAUGUAGCAUUCAUUGGCUUCCUCCGUCCGUCAUUUGGUGCCAUCCCUCCUCUGGCAGAACUCCAAGCCCAACUCUGGGUCCUCAAUCUACUUGGCCGACUCCCUGCUCCGCUGUCGCCUCAAGAUCACUACAAACUGCACCAUCUACCUGGAAGCAGAAUCAACUACGGCGUUGAUCACGAGAGCUAUGCAUACCAAUUGGCAUGCGAUAUGGGCUCCGCAGCCGGAUUCAUUGAGGUUCUGGGUAUGGGCUGGAAGGUCGCAGUUACCUGGGCUCUGAGCGCACAAGUUAACACCAAGUUCCGACUCACCGGUCCGUGGAAGUGGGAGGGUGCCAAGAAUGUGAUGGAGACGGAGAUCUGGGAGACCGUCUCCCGACGUCGGGGCUUCUUUGGUCACUUUACGUUGAGCUUCAUGCCGAUUGUUCUCUUUGGAACUUUGAGCGCGAUUCUAUAUAUUCUUGAGCAGAUCUGGAAGGGAUUGAAGCUCUUGUGGAAGCUCUUGACUUUGUCUUAGAGGCUUGGCUGCUGUGCGUGAGGAAAUGGUGUCGAACUAUGGAUGUUGAAGUGAGAUGUGGCGCUGUGGUGUUUGGCUCUUUUCUGACUUGACUUGCUAGGGUGGGAGGAUGC